UCUUUAAAUUUAAAAAUAUGGACAGAAUACCCGUAAAGCUUUAUUAUCACUUAAGGAAGGCUUAAAUAUUUAUAUGUUAAGCUAAUUUUUUAAGUUUUCUCACUUUUUUCUUUUGACACAGGGACUAUUCAUAAAACAAGCAUUAAAUAUUAGUUCUAACCAAUACUAGGACCAACCCUCAUCUCCAUUCAUAAAUUACUCAGAAGAGUCAUCACUGAUGUCCCAAUUUGACGAAAUAUCUGAAAUCCCGCCUGCCAAUGGAUUAUUCAAAGAUUCAAAAAAUUGAACUCCUAUGAUGAUCAGGUCCAAGGACAAAAUAAACAACUGUUUCGUGAAUAAAUUCUCUAGUAGAAGUCCAAAUUUAACUAAAAUCCCAUUUUGCCUCGAAGAAAACCAGGAUUUCUUCAUGAAGCCAGAGGUCAACUAUUGACUACACGAAGAGAUGACUGCCGAGCAAGCUCUGGAUGAGAUCAACAAGAGCUAUAAUUUUGGAGACACUAAAGUCUGCAGGCGGCUUAUUAAAAGGUUCCCAGGGAUUUUUACAAAGUUUAAUCUGAACAAAAUUGUCAAUAUUUUCUUCAAUGCAAUCCGCAGGAAGGAUAUCUUAAUGGUUAAAACUGUUAUAAAUGAUUGUAAAUAAGUGAGGUGAUUCAGACCUGAUAGGGCUCAUGAGCUUGACUGAUGAUAAUGGAAAUAACUGCAGUAAUAUUAUGUUCCUUAAUCUGUGGAUCAACAUACUUAAGAGCUGAUCUGUUAUUGAUACCAUAACUCAUAGUGUUAAUAAUCUUCGAGUGAGAUAUGAUGUUUGUAAUAAUUACAACAAGCAAGGGAUGACAGCUGUCCUCGAGUGUGCAAAUUCUGGAGAGACAGAAGCUAUUAUGUAUAUGAAACAUUUAAAUAUGAAGCAAAAAGCUCUAAUAUUUGACUUUUCAAUGCGAAACAGAGAGACUAAUGAGUCUGUGUAUCACCUUGCUGCUAAAAAUGAUCAGUAUCACAUCAUUGAACUCUUUCCAGACACGAAUGCCAAUAUUCUUAGCUUAGACCGGGAGUUUAGAACUCCUAGACAAGUGAGCACUCAUACUCUCUUGUUGUUAGUAACUUUAUGAAAAAUCGAAAAGAAAACUGUCAGAGAAAUUAUCCAUAAAUAGAAAAGUAAAGAAUAAGCUCUAUGGUAGAAAUAAAAGCCUUAAAUUAACCUCUUCUAAAAGAACAAGCCAGACUAUGGAUAAUUCUAAUUCUGAAGUUCGUCAAAUCAGAAAUUUCGGCUCUCUUUUUCCUCAUUUUCUCAUGAAUAAAGCAAAUGGAAUGCAAUUUGUCACAGAUAUUUCAUACAAAGGUGAAUGAAUUGAGUACUCCAAAAGCUAUGAGAUAUGCUCAUACUCUCAGAUCAUUAAUGAUAAUUGGGAGAAAAUCACUCCCAAGCAGAAACGUGAAUUGCUCAAGCGCAGACUUCUUCAUCAGAAUUUGAUAAGCUGUCAGAAGAAACGAUCUUCCAUCAGCUUUUCAUCCACAGCAACUUCUACUCAAUUUAUCAAUUCUAAGCUCAGCUCACGGAUGAGUCUUCUUGCUAGUUCAAAGAGAAGAAAACCUAAUGAUGAUGAAAUUAGUAUUGAAUUUUAAGAUCGUAUUUUUCCAAUGAAA